GGGCACUGGGUCAUCAGGCAUUGGAUUGUCUGGCUCGACAGGGCAUCGGGUCACCAGGCAUGACAGCGGGCACUGGGUCAUCAGGCAUUGGAUCGUCUGGCUCGACAGCGGGCAUCGGGUCACCAGGUAUGACAGCGGGAACCGGGUCAUCAGUGGGCACUGGGUCAUCAGGCGUGAUAGGAUCAUCAGGCUGGGUACAGACAUCAGGCUGGGUAGAGACAUCAGGCUGAAGUGCGGGUGCCGAGGCACCAGGCUGAACCACGGAAGGCAGGUUCUCAGACGGCAGGCUCACCGGUUUGGAUACUGGCAGGAUGGUACUGGUUGGAAAGAAUUUUCGCUUUUUUCUGGUUUUAACUACUGG